AUGAGAUUAUUGAUUUGUGUAUUGUUGUUAAGUAAAUUAUCAUUGACGCAGCUUAAUUCUGAUAAAUCUGAGCAAUUCUGGAUUGAAGCUGAAUUAUUGAAAGUGAACUGGAUGCGUACUUGUUUAACGACUGGUGGUUGUGCUGAACCGCGAUUUCGAAUAGUGAAAUCAAGUAUUACCACAAAAGAGCAACUAACAAUCAGUUGGCCAGUGACGCAAAAUCUUGUCCAGGAUCAUCCUUGCAAAUUUGUCAGCCACUGGAGCCGAGGCUCACCUGAUGAUCUGACUAUAAGAACUGAAGUAGCUGGAAUCGAUCCAACAUAUAAUUUUCCUCGGAUUUGUGAUUCAUCGCAAAAAAUCCGUAUUUUUCCAGUAUCAUUUGGAGAUUCAAUCAGAAAUGGAGAAUUGAGUAGAUACGAGUCCAUAUUAACUGAUUCUGCAUCAACAAAAACUGUGAUUGAGAUUAAAGCGAAAUGUUUCAACUCGACUAUCGCUGUACAAAAGCAUAUCACUCGAUGUCCGUGGUGUACUGAAAGCACCAAUUUCGCAAUUGUUGAGCAACAGUAUGGUAUAGAUUCGGAUGCUGAUUUCGCACAACAAUAUGCAAUUCGUGAUCAAUUAUUCAGUGUAAGCUUAAUAGCUUUAGCUAGUAUCGCAGUUGCAAGUUCAGUAGCCUUUAUUUGCAUUUUUAUUGCAUUCUUUCGCCAAAGGCGCUCACAUAAUCUUCUGAAAAAAAGUCGUCGACUCGAUAUUUAUAAUGAAAAUUGUCGAAAAUCGCAAGCUGAUAGUUAUCGAACAGAUGAUGGAACGAGGUAUGAAAUGCCUUGGGAUAAGAAAUACAAACCAAUCCCGUUUCUUAUUGCCAACAGUUGUGAUCUGCAGCGCUCUCCACCCAUAGAUUCCUCAUCUACGGCAGCCAUCGGACCCUUUUCGAGAUCUCCGAGAACAACCAUCAUUAGUAACUCACAUAUUUCGCCAAAUGUGUCAUUUACGGAACAGCAUGAUGAUAGCGGUUUAGAAUCCGUGUAA